AUGGCUCCACAGGACAUCACCUUGCUGUGUCUCGCAGUCUUCCUGGGACAGUCCUUUUGUGCACAAGAAGAAUUCCCCACUCCUAUCCUAUCUGCUGCCACGAGUCCUGUGGUUCCUUGGAAUGGGUCUGUGAGGAUCAUCUGCCAGGGAACUCCUGAAGCCUUCCUGUAUCAAUUGUACCUGGUGAAAAACUCCACACCCACAGUGAUAGAGGAGAAACUGGGAUUUCAGAAAGAGGCUGAAUUCAUCAUCAAAUACAUGAAUACAACCACGGCAGGAUAUUAUCAGUGUCGGUAUAGGAAGAAGUACCACUGGUCAGAGCAGAGCAAACCCCUGGAGCUGGUGGUGACAGGCUUAUACGACAAACCUGUCCUCUCCACAGAUCAAAGCCACGUGCUGAAGCCAGGAGGAAGCAUUUCCUUCCAGUGUAGUUCAGCCCACAGCCUGUUCAACAGAUUUUCACUGGCCAAGGAGGGAGACGCUUCCUUGCCAGGGCACCGACAUGAAGGGCACCGAGGCAACUUCAGUCUUGGUCCUGUGAACCCUGACUUUGCUGGGAACUACCGGUGCUACGGAUGGCACAACAGCAGCCCCUAUGUGUGGUCAGCCCCCAGCGACCCCCUGGAGCUCACUGUUUCCCUUAUGUCUCUAGACUCCAAGAAGCAAGAUUACAUGAUGGAGAAUUCAAUCCGGAUGGGUGUGGCAGGGGUGGUCCUUGUGGUCCUCUUGGUGAUACUAGCUGAAAAUUGGAACAGCCACAGGGUACCACACAAGGAAGACUGUCAGGAAUUGGCUGCACCGAGAUGGAGCAAAUAG